UGUUCUGUAGCUAGAUACUCUUUGUCCCUAUCUGUCUGUAUUGUAGGUCCCCUUCAGGUACUGGAAGGCCACAAUUAGAUUACAACAAAGCUUUCUCCAGGCUGAACAAUCUAAAUUCUCUGAGACAUUCCUUGCAGAAGUGCACCAACCCCCUGAUCAUGUUGCUGCUCCUCCUAGGGACUAUCUCCAACAGGGCAAGUCCUUCCUGUGCAGGGGACCCCAGAGCUGGAUGCAGCACUGCAGGUGGGCUCUCACCAGAGCAGAGGGGCAGUAAACUGUCCCUUGCCCUGCUGGCCGUGCUGCUUUGGAUGCAACCCGGGACACCACUGUCUUUUUGAGCUGUGGGUGCACAUGGUGAAGCCUCUCAUCCACCAGCACCCCAGGGAUGCUGCCCUCGAGGUACACCAAGGGAACACUGACACCUUCGAUGAAGAGCAGAUGCACCUUCAUACUUGGAGGUGCAGUGCCCUGCAGCACAGCACCUGGCAGCUUUCCUUGUGCCUGGGAAAAAACAGAGUGCCACCUCCUGCUGCUGGGGUGAACUACACCAGCCUGCCAGCGGGAAUCCCCCUCCCUCUGUCCCACAUCAUUCAUUCACAGCCAUCACCUCUUUGCACCACCAAGCACCAAAACCUAUGUGGGAGCUUGGGUCCCCUCAUCCCACUUCCAGCUUCCAGGGCUUUUGUACCGACAGCUUCAACACAGAAUCACAAAAUGGGUCAGGUUGGAAGGGACCACAGUGAAUCAUCUGGUCCACCAUCUCUGCCUAAGCAGGGUCAUCCUGGAGCACAGGGCGCAGGAUUGUGUCCGGAUGUGUCUUGAGCAUCUCCAGUGAUGGAGUCUUCACAGUCUCUGUGGGCAGUCUCUUCCAGUGCUGCGUCACUAACACAGUAAGUAAGUUCUUAUGUAUUUUCAGGCAGAAGUUCCUGUGCAUCAGUUUGUGGUUUCUGCCUCUUGUCCUAUUGCUUGGCAGAGGCAAGCAGAGCCUGGCUCUAUCCUCCACCCCCUUUCCUUGAGAUACUUAUAUACAUUGAUGAGCUCCCUUCUCAGUCAUCUCGAGGCAGAACAGGCCCAGCUCCCUCAUCCUUUCCUCUUAAGAGAAAUGCUCCUGUCCCUUAAUCAUAUUUUUUACCCUCUGCUGGACCGACUCCAGGGGCUCCACGUCUCUCUUGUACUGAGAAGCUCAGAAAUGGACAGAGUACUGCAGAUACUGGAAUGGUAAGGCUUAAGACUGAUUGACACUGAAAGGACAACGUCUCCGAACACGGUUUUGCAACCUCGACACAGGCCGCCCAUACACUGCGGCACUGACACCGUCUGUCCCCGCCCCUUCAGCCGCUGUGCUUAAGUACCACGCAGCCUCAGGCCAGCAGAGCUACGCGGCUCCCGGCCUCGAGGGGAGCUGCGGGAUGGGGCUGGGGCAGUGCGGAUCCCGCUUCCGUGCCCCAGCCAUGGAGCCGAAGCGGCGCCGCCGUGGUGGGAUACUGGGGAAGCGCUUUUCCAGCCGCAGCUGUAUUCCUCCUGGCCGGGGCUCUAGGAGGUCCCGGGGCCGAGGGCGGCAGGAAGCCGAGCAUUUAUUGCACGCCCGCCCCCGCCAUGGCCGCCGCUAAACGGCAACGCCGGUGUCUCCCGUACCCCAUCGCUCUGCGGUUCCCUGACCGAGACCCCUUUACAGCGGAAGGACACGGUGCGCCGUGAGCCUGCCCCCCUCGUUCCGUGCUAUGGAAAGCAGCCGGGGGGUCAGUGAAGCGCUUUCGCCGGUCCCUUACGCCCGGGACGGUAGGGUCGGAGCGGGGCAUGGGGCUGGGCCUGAUGCCCCCAUCACCCACUCUCUGGGUCUCGUGCCCUGAAAAUAGAUGCCGGAGAAAGUGCAGCACGAGGAGGAGGAUAUGGAGACCUUCGCCUUUCAGGUGGAGAUUGCCCAGCUCAUGUCACUCAUUAUCAACACCUUCUAUUCAAAUAAGGAGAUCUUCCUGCCGGAGCUCAUCUCCAACGCCUCCGACCUACCAUCCCUCUCCCCCUAGGCCCUGGAGAAGAUCCGCUAUGAGAGCCUGACUGAUCCCUCCAAGCUGGACAGUGGGAAAGACCUGAAAACUGACAUCAUCCCCAACCCCCGGGACCGCACACUGACUCUGGUGGACACUGGCAUUGGGAUGACAAAAGCAGACCUCAUCAACAACCUGGGCACCAUUGCCAAAUCUGGGACCAAAGCCUUCAUGGAAGCACUGCAGGCUGGCACAGGAAUCUCCAUGAUCGAGCACUUCAGUGUGGGUUUCUAUUCCGCCUAUCUGGUGGCUGAGAAGGUGGUUGUCAUUACCAAGCACAAUGAUGAUGAGCAGUAUGCUUGGGAGUCAUCAGCUGGGGACUAGUUCACUGUCCGAACUGACCAUGGUGAGCCCACUGGACGUGGCACCAAAGUGAUCCUAUACUUGAAGGAAGACCAGACUGAGUACUUGGAGGAGCGUUGUGUGAAAGAGGUGGUGAAGAAGCACUCCCAGUUCAUUGGCUACCCCAUCAUGCUCUAUCUGGAGAAAGAACAUGAAAAAGAGGUCAGUGAUGAUGAAGCAGAGGAGGAAAAGGAUGAGAAGGAGGAAGAGUCAGUGUCCAAAGAUGAAGAGAAACCCAAAAUUGAGGAUGUGGGCUCUGAUGAGGAGGAGGAGGGAGACAAAGGCAAAAAGAAAAAGACCAAGAAAAUCAAGGAGAAAUAUAUUGACCAGGAGGAGCUGAACAAGACCAAAUCAAUUUGGACCUGCAACCCUGAUGACAUCACCCAGGGGGAGUAUGGCGAGUUCUACAAGAGCCUCACCAAUGACUGGGAGGACCAUUUGGCUGUCAAGCACUUCUCUGUGGAAGGGCAGCUGGAGUUCAGGGCCUUGCUUUUCAUCCCAUGCUGUGACCCUUUUGACCUCUUUGCGAACAAAAAGAAGAAGAACAACAUUAAGCUGUAUGUGAGGCAGGCCUUCAUCAUGGACAGCUGUGGCGAGCUCGUCCCUGAAUACCUAAACUUCAUCCGGGGUGUUGUGGACUCAGAGGAUCUUUUUCUGAACAUUUCUCAUGAGAUGCUCUAGCAGAGCAAGAUCCUCAAAGUGAACCGCAAAAACAUUGUGACGAAAUGCUUGGAGCUCUUUUCUGAGCUGGCAGAAGACAAAGAGAACUACAAUAAAUUUAAUAAAGCUUUUUCCAAGAAUUUCAAGUUGGACAUCCAUGAGGAUUCCACCAACUGAAAGCACCUUUCAGAGCUGCUGCGGUUCCACACAUCCCAGUCAGGUGAUGAGAUGACUUCACUUUCUGAGUACGUGUCCCAUAUGAAGGAGAACCAGAAGAGUAUCUACUACAUCACAGGGGAGAGUAAGGAGCAGGUUGCUAACUCAGCCUUUGUGGAGCGUGCACGGAAGCGUGGCUUUGAGGUGAUGUACAUGACAGAGCCCAUCGAUGAGUAUUGCGUGCAACAGCUCAAGGAGUUUGAUGGCAAGACCCUGGUAUCAGUCACCAGAGAGGGGCUGGAACUGCCUGAGGAUGAGGAAGAGAAAAAAAAGAUGGAGGAGAGCAAGGCCAAGUUUGAGGACCUCUGAAAACUUAUGAAGGAAAUCCUGGACAAGAAGGUGGAGAAGGUCACAAUCUCAAACCGGUUGGUCUCAUCUCCCUACUGCAUUGUCACCAGCACCUACGGCUGGACAGCCAACAUGGAGCACAUCAUGAAGGCUCAGGCACUGCGGGACAACUCUACCAUGGGCUAUAUGAUGGCCAAGAAGCACCUGAAGACCAACCCUGACCACCCAAUUGUAUAAACCCUUCGCCAGAAGGCUGAUGCCGACAAGAAUGACAAAGCUGUUGAAGAUCUGGUGGUGCUACUCUUUGAGACUGCUCUGCUGUCCUCUGGUUUCUCGGAAGAUCCCCCGACCCACUCCAACCGCAGCUACAGGAUGAUCAAACUCGGGCUUGGCAUAGAUGAAGAUGAGAUGGCUGCAAAGGAGCCCAGUGCAGCUGUCCCUGAGGAAAUCCCCCCUCUGGAGGGAGAUGAAGAUACAUCCCACAUGGAAGAGGUAGACUAAAGGACCUCUGCUCUGUCAUGUUUGCUUAGAAGAUGGUCUGCUCCCACCAGCUGCUACUGACUUCUUGGUGGUGUCUAUUCUUUUGGCUCUGUUUGGUUGGGGUUGUUUUUGGCAGGUGCAGGAGGGCAUUAUGCCCUGUUUGUUAGUAGUGAUUCAGGUAGCCUGAGGCUCGUCUGUUCUGUGUCUUACUGCUUGUGUAGGAACAGCUGAUGGGGAGUGGAGGUGUGAGGAGGCAUCAGGCUUCCCCUCUCUCCCCCUCAUGGGGUGUCCCACAUUACCAGUAGGCAUCAAAAACGAUCCUUACUCCAUUGGGGUGGGAGAGCCCUUCCUCCAAACUGCUGCCUCCCUGAAGCCCCAGUAUAAUGUAUUUUGGUUGGGUUUUGUUUGAUUAUUUUUCUGGAGUUUCUUGUACUGGAAUUAAAGAAUUGAUGAUUUA